GGGAUGUGACUCGAGGGACGUUCGAGCGCGGUGUGCUGUGGAAAGGAGAAGCGAGACGAUCAUCCAGGACAGGUUCACGUCUUAGUUGUGUGGCCUCCUCCUCCUCCUCCUCCUCCUCCUUCUUCUUCCCCGGCUGCCAAUGGGCGAAGGAAUGGAGCGCUCGGCGCGAGCACCUCUCCUUUUCCUGCGCGCGCUGGAGACGGCGGGGCUGCAAACCGCCGAGCGUUUAUAUCGCAUUUCGUAGCGCAGUAACAUCUGGAAGGAGUCAGGGAGUCUACAGGGGAGGGGGCUCGGUCGUCAGCCCCUCUCCCUCCUCCACCCACCCAGCCACCCACCCUCUCCUCCAGCAGACAAGUAUCACUGCAGAGAGACGAGCCUCCGCGCUCCUCCAUCCGCCGAGAAGCCCCCACUCACUCGCUCUUCUGGUGUGGAAUUGCCACGAUCUGGAUCUCCCCAUGAGGCACGACGAGAAUUCGCCCCUUUUUGGACACCGCUGGUGGGAUCAUUUAUAAAGGAAGAUUUAACCCAUUGAGAGCAGUUCUGGAAUAUAUAAUAUAUAAUCUUUAUAUUUUCUUGAGCCGACAGCAUCUGUCUUCUCCUCCUGGUUCUGCGGCGCCGGCGCCCCGAUUUCUGUCCUUCUGAAGGUUUCCAGUAGAGCCGUUCGAGCCCAAAUCGGAGGCGCUUCGGUACCACUGUGAUUACUGCUAGCAGCAAGUGGUGCUGGUAUCAUGUUUCUUAGGUAGGGCCCGGAUGUACCGAGGGAUGCGCUGCUCCGUUUUAUUAGGUGGUUCCAGCGAAUGUCUCUUUCUCUUUUUUAACUCCAUAAUGGGGAUCAGGUAAUAUUAACUGAAAACGCCAAGAGGGAUAUCUCAAGAUUUCCGCUGUUCAUUUUAUUAUUUUUUUUCUUUGAUUUUCUCCCCCUCCUUUCUUUAUUUUUUCCCCCCUUCCCUUCUUCCUUUUACAACCUUUUCCUUCAUUUACCAACGGAUAAGCUGGACCACAUUUAUGGUAAAUGAAAGCAAAAACAUGUACAUACCGGAGGAAAACCUUGAAAACCAUCAAGGCUCCAACUACUCGAGCCCGUCUCUGGCACCUCCGGCCAGCCUGAACGACCGUGAACACACGGUAGUGGGGCUGGCCCCGGAGCACGUCCCCACGCCGGGGGCCGCGCUGUCCUGGCAGGCGGCCAUCGACGCGGCGCGGCAGGCCAAGCUGAUGGGCAAUGCUGGCGCCCCCAUCUCCACAGCCAGCUCCACGCAGCGCAAGCGCCAGCACUACGGCAAGCCCAAGAAGCAGGCCAGCACGGCAGCCACACGCCCGCCCCGUGCUCUCCUCUGCCUCACCCUCAAGAACCCCAUUCGGCGGGCCUGUAUCAGCAUCGUAGAGUGGAAACCCUUUGAAAUAAUAAUUUUGCUGACUAUUUUUGCUAACUGUGUGGCCUUAGCUGUCUACAUCCCCUUUCCUGAGGACGACUCCAAUGCCACCAACUCCAACCUGGAACGGGUUGAGUAUCUCUUCCUCAUCAUUUUCACCGUGGAGGCGUUCCUGAAGGUGAUAGCCUACGGACUGCUCUUCCAUCCCAACGCAUACCUGCGCAACGGAUGGAACCUGCUGGAUUUCAUCAUUGUAGUUGUAGGACUUUUUAGUGCUAUUUUGGAACAAGCCACCAAAUGGGAAGGGGCGACGCCCAUCGGAGGGAAGGCGGCAGGCUUCGACGUGAAGGCAUUGCGAGCGUUCAGGGUGCUCAGGCCGCUGCGGCUGGUGUCCGGGGUGCCCAGCCUCCAGGUGGUGCUCAACUCCAUCAUCAAAGCCAUGGUACCCCUGCUGCACAUAGCCCUCCUCGUCCUCUUCGUCAUCAUCAUCUACGCCAUCAUCGGCCUGGAACUGUUCAUGGGCAAGAUGCACCGGACGUGUUUCCAUUUUCGGGACGGGGUCCUGGGCACCCUGGCGGAGGAGAAACCUGCCCCUUGUGCCCCCCCGCAUGUCAAUGGGAGACACUGCACCCCUCAAAACACCACCAAGUGUGAGAUGGGCUGGGCGGGGCCCAACGAUGGAAUCACCAACUUCGACAACUUUGCGUUCGCCAUGUUGACAGUCUUUCAGUGUAUCACCAUGGAAGGCUGGACUGACGUGCUCUACUGGAUGCAAGACGCAAUGGGCUAUGAGCUUCCCUGGGUGUACUUUGUCAGUUUGGUCAUCUUCGGAUCCUUUUUCGUACUAAAUCUAGUUCUGGGGGUGUUGAGCGGGGAGUUCUCCAAGGAGAGAGAGAAAGCCAAGGCACGGGGGGACUUCCAGAAACUGCGAGAGAAGCAGCAGCUUGAAGAGGACUUGAAGGGCUACCUGGACUGGAUCACCCAGGCCGAGGACAUCGACCCUGAGAAUGAGGAGGAAGGAAUGGAUGAGGAGAAGCCAAGAAACCUGAGCAUGCCUGCCAGCGAGAACGAGUCGGUCAACACUGACAACGCUCCAGCUGGGGACAUGGAGGGAGAGACCUGCUGCACCCGUCUGGCAAAUAGGAUCUCCAAAUCCAAAUUCAGCCGCUACUCGCGGCGCUGGAACCGUCUGUUCCGGCGGAAGUGCCGUGCGGCUGUCAAGUCCAACUUGUUCUACUGGCUGGUGAUCUUCCUGGUCUUCCUGAACACACUCACCAUCGCCUCCGAGCACCACAAACAGCCCCAGUGGCUGACGGACGUGCAAGACAUCGCCAACAAGGUGCUGCUGGCGCUGUUCACUGGCGAGAUGCUGCUGAAGAUGUACAGCCUGGGUCUGCAGGCCUAUUUCGUGUCGCUCUUCAACCGCUUUGACAGCUUUGUGGUGUGCGGUGGCAUUCUGGAGACCAUUCUAGUGGAGACCAAGAUUAUGUCGCCACUUGGCAUCUCCGUGCUCCGCUGUGUGCGUCUGCUGCGCAUCUUCAAGAUCACCAGGUACUGGAACUCCCUAAGCAACCUGGUGGCCUCCCUGCUCAACUCAGUGCGCUCUAUUGCCUCCCUGCUGUUGCUGCUCUUCCUCUUCAUCAUUAUAUUCUCCCUGCUGGGCAUGCAGCUGUUUGGAGGAAAGUUCAACUUCGAUGAGACCCGCCGCAGCACCUUCGACAACUUCCCACAGUCGUUGCUCACCGUCUUCCAGAUCCUGACAGGCGAGGACUGGAAUUCAGUAAUGUAUGAUGGCAUCAUGGCAUAUGGUGGCCCCUCAUUCCCAGGCAUGCUUGUCUGCAUCUACUUCAUCAUCCUCUUCAUUUGCGGGAACUACAUCCUGCUGAAUGUCUUCUUGGCCAUCGCUGUAGACAAUCUUGCGGAUGCAGAAAGUUUGACAUCGGCUCAGAAGGAGGAAGAGGAAGAGAAAGAAAGGAAGAAGCUGGCAAGAACUGCUAGUCCAGAAAAGCGGCAGGACAACGAGAAACAGCCAAUAGAGGAGGAACAGAAAGAAGAGAAAAUUGAGUUGAGAUCCAUUACCUCAGAUGGUGAGACACCAACUGCAACCAAGAUUAACAUUGAUGAAUUCCAAGGGGAUGAGAAUGAAGAAAAGAAUCCAUAUCCUGCAAAUGAUUUCCCAGGAGAGGAAGAUGAUGAGGAGCCAGAGAUGCCAGUGGGGCCCCGUCCCCGGCCACUCUCAGACAUCCAGCUGAAGGAGAAGGCUGUCCCCAUGCCUGAGGCUCGGGCCUUCUUCAUCUUCAGCCACACCAACAAGUUCAGGGUUUUGUGCCACAAAAUUGUCAACCACAACAUCUUCACAAACCUCAUCUUGUUCUUCAUUCUACUGAGCAGCAUCUCAUUGGCUGCUGAAGACCCUGUGAAGAAUGAUUCCUUCAGGAAUAAGAUACUGGGCUAUGCCGAUUACGUCUUUACAGGACUGUUCACGAUCGAGAUCAUCUUGAAGAUGACAGCUUAUGGAGCAUUCCUCCACAAAGGCUCCUUCUGCCGCAACUACUUCAACAUCCUGGAUCUGGUGGUGGUUAGCGUGUCCCUCAUCUCCUCUGGGAUCCAAUCAAGUGCCAUUAAUGUAGUGAAGAUCCUCAGGGUACUGCGAGUGCUGAGGCCACUGAGGGCGAUCAACCGAGCCAAGGGCCUCAAGCACGUGGUCCAGUGUGUCUUUGUGGCGAUCCGCACCAUCGGGAACAUAGUGAUCGUCACCUCCCUCUUACAGUUCAUGUUUGCCUGCAUCGGAGUGCAGCUCUUCAAGGGCAAGUUUUACAGCUGCACUGACAACUCCAAACAGACAGAAGCUGAAUGCAAGGGUUCCUACAUCCUCUACAAAGAUGGAGAUGUAGCCAAACCUGAGAAGUCUCAACGGCUCUGGGAGAACAGUGACUUCAACUUUGAUGAUGUGCUUCAAGGCAUGAUGGCACUCUUCGCAGUCUCCACCUUUGAGGGUUGGCCAGGGCUGCUGUACAGGGCUAUAGACUCUCAUGCGGAAGACAUUGGACCCAUCUACAACUAUCGCGUUGUGAUCUCCAUCUUCUUCAUCAUCUACAUCAUCAUCAUCGCCUUCUUCAUGAUGAACAUCUUUGUGGGUUUCGUCAUCGUCACAUUUCAGGAGCAGGGCGAGCAGGAGUACAAGAACUGUGAGCUAGAUAAGAACCAGCGCCAGUGUGUGGAGUAUGCACUGAAAGCUCGCCCACUACGAAGGUACAUUCCCAAGAACCCCUACCAGUAUAAAGUGUGGUAUGUGGUGAAUUCCACCUACUUCGAAUACCUGAUGUUCAUCCUCAUUCUGCUCAACACCAUCUGUCUGGCCAUGCAGCAUCACGGCCAGUCUGGAUCCUUCAACAAGGCCAUGAACGUGCUGAACAUGCUCUUCACUGGCCUCUUCACUGUGGAAAUGAUCCUCAAGCUCAUCGCCUUCAAGCCUCGGCAUUAUUUUGUUGAUGCAUGGAAUACAUUUGACGCCCUAAUAGUUGUGGGUAGCAUUGUCGAUAUAGCUAUCACUGAGGUUAACCCAGCUGACUCCACCUCGUCUUCUCAAUCCACCAUGGUAAGACCAAUGGGACUGCAAAACACGGAGGACAAUGCCAGGAUUUCCAUAACCUUCUUCCGGCUCUUCCGCGUUAUGAGGCUAGUGAAGCUUCUGUCUCGAGGAGAGGGCAUCCGGACCCUGCUCUGGACCUUCAUCAAGUCCUUUCAGGCACUACCCUAUGUAGCCCUGUUAAUUGUCAUGCUGUUCUUCAUCUAUGCUGUAAUUGGAAUGCAGAUGUUUGGUAAGAUUGCUCUCCGGGACAACAGCCAAAUCAAUCGGAACAACAACUUCCAGACAUUCCCACAAGCCGUCCUCCUGCUUUUCAGGUGCGCAACAGGGGAGGCGUGGCAAGAGAUCAUGCUUGCGUGUGCUCCAAUGAGGCCGUGCGAGAACGGCUCCGAGGAGGGGCCUGCUAGCGAGGACUGCGGCAGCCACUUUGCCAUCAUCUAUUUUGUCAGCUUCUACAUGCUGUGUGCCUUUUUGAUCAUUAACCUGUUUGUGGCAGUCAUUAUGGAUAACUUUGAUUACCUGACGCGGGACUGGUCCAUUCUGGGGCCGCACCACCUUGACGAGUUCAAGAGGAUCUGGGCAGAAUACGACCCCGAGGCCAAGGGGAGGAUUAAGCACCUGGAUGUGGUGACACUGCUGCGCAGAAUCCAGCCUCCCCUGGGCUUUGGCAAACUAUGCCCCCAUCGCGUGGCCUGCAAGCGACUGGUGUCCAUGAAUAUGCCACUGAACAGUGAUGGGACAGUCAUGUUCAACGCUACUCUGUUUGCCCUGGUGAGAACUGCACUGCGCAUCAAGACAGAAGGUAACUUGGAGCAGGCAAAUGAGGAGCUGCGGGCAAUUGUGAAGAAGAUCUGGAAGAGGACCAGCAUGAAGCUGCUGGACCAGGUGGUUCCACCUGCAGGAGAUGAUGAAGUGACCGUGGGAAAGUUCUAUGCCACCUUUUUGAUCCAGGAGUAUUUCAGGAAGUUCAAGAAGCGCAAAGAACAGGGUCUGGUGGCCAAAGUUCCACCAAAGACAGCCCUUUCACUGCAGGCGGGACUGCGAACCCUUCAUGACAUUGGCCCAGAGAUCCGCAGGGCCAUCUCAGGGGACCUGACGGUGGAAGAGGAGUUGGAGAAGGCAAUGAAGGAGACUGUGUGUGCUGCCUCAGAGGAUGACAUCUUCAGGCGGGCAGGUGGACUCUUUGGCAAUCACGUUAACUACUACCAUCAAACCGAUGGGCGGAACACCUUUCCACAAUCCUUCACCACUCAGCGGCCGCUCCACAUUAGCAAGUCGGGCAGUCCUGGCGAUGGAGAGUCCCCAUCCCAUGAGAAACUUGUGGACUCCACCUUCACGCCCAGCAGCUACUCCUCCUCGGGCUCCAAUGCCAACAUCAACAAUGCCAACAACACUGCCAUCGGCCGCUUCCCCAGCCCAUCCAUCAGCACCGUGGAUGGCCACCGCGGGGCACCGCUCACGCCUGUGCUGCUGCCACGGCCUGCGUGGCAUUUUCCCGCUAAGAGCUCGGACUCCAGCGACAGCCGCCUGCCCAUCAUCCGCAGGGAGGAGGCGUCCAUAGACGAGACAUACGAUGAGACCUUUGUGGAUGAGCGGGAGUACCACAGUAACCAAGACAUGCUCUCCUCUGAAAUGCUGGCAUAUCAGGACGAAGAGAGCAAGCAGUUAGCCCCCAUGGAGGAAGGUGAGGACACGGGUGAAAGGCGGUCCUGGCAGUCCCCCAGAAGGGCCUUCUUGUGUCCCACUGCACUAGCCCGACGGUCUUCCUUCCACCUGGAGUGUCUUAAGCGGCAGGCGAGAACAGACGGCUCCCAGAGGACAGCGCUGCCUCUGCACCUCGUCCACCAUCAGGCCCUAGCGGUGGCAGGCUUGAGCCCCCUGCUCCGGCGAAGUCACUCCCCAACGCUGUUCUCCCGGCUAUGCUCCACUCCGCCUGACAGCCCAAGCACCCGGGGUGGCCGGCCGUACCAGCCCACGCCCACAUUGCGACUGGAGGCCGAUGGCUCAUUUGAGAAGCUCAACAGCAGCCUCCCCUCAGUCAACUGUGGGACCUGGUACAGUGACAGCAACGGCAACGGUAGCCAGACCAGGCUGCGGCCACCACGGCCCGUCUCCCUGGCUGUGCCGUCCAUGCUGGGAAAGGACUCCACGCAACUGUGCCAUGGUAGUGCUGGCAGUCUGGUGGAGGCGGUGCUGAUAUCAGAAGGCCUCGGGCAUUAUGCACAAGACCCCUCCUUUAUUGAGGUGACCAAGCAGGAGUUGGCUGAUGCCUGCGACAUGACCAUAGAGGAGAUGGAGACCGCCGCCGACAACAUCCUUAACGGCAACAGUCAGCCCAGCCCCAACGGCAACCUUCUCCCUUUCAUACACUGCAGGGACCACGGUGUCCCAGGGCCCAGCCAGACUGAAGGGCCAACGGGGGCUAUUGGGGGGCAAAGGGAGGAGCUAGGUGUUGACAUUAUGAAGGAGGAAGAGCAAGUAGAGGAACAAGAGGUGUCACGGGACUGUGGGUUCUUGGACAAUGACGAAGACAUGGAUUGCGUCACCAGUUUGUAGGAACGGUAGCACAGAGGCCCCUGUUUGUCUCUCUCUUUCUACCAGAUGUGACCGGAUAUCGGAUGUCGGCGGCCAAUAGCUCAAAUGUUUCCUUUAUUAAUUUAUUCUGGUUUGGUAUUUAAUUAUUGAUUUCGUGUGCGUGUGUUUCUGGGUAUGUUUCAAAAGUGCCUCACAGUUUUUGUGCUCUUGGUGAUGGAUGGAGGGCAGGAUUGAGGAUGAGAGAUAGUUGGGUUCAUUUUUUUCUUUAUUCUUUUCGGUUCUGUUCUGUUUUGUUUGGAUUGUGUCGCUCUGGCCACCAGGCAGACGUGCUUCCGGACAGGCGUCAUGCCUGGGAGAUCUGGGAGUUUGUGCUGGUCAUUCUCCACAAGGUGUGUACAUGUCGGCAGGGAGAAGCAGGAAGAGGAGACCGUUUCCUUCCACACCUGCGUACUCCUGUGCUUCGGAACUGCGGUGCAGUCAGCGCCUCUGGGAGCUCCCAGGAUGCUGAAGCUUGCCAGCGGCAUGGGAAACAGGAGAAGGAUGCAGUAAACUGGGGAGAGGACAUGGCUCUCAUAGUGUUGUCCUUCCCCUCCAACCCUGGGCGUCGUUUAUUUUUGAAAUAUCUUGCUAAAAUUGACGCUGCACUAAGGAGAGGAGCAGCUGUGACAAGCAAGCGAAGAAAUGACUGGCAUGGAUUUGCCCUGCCCGUGUGCCUGUUUGUCACCCCACACCAUUUCCUGUCUUUCACAGGAAGAAGGAGAGGAGGCGGGAUUAAGUCGGGACCUUUGGGACAGCGCCACCUGCUGCUGAGAAACCUUGGCUUUCCAUCGCACCCUCCUUUCCAUUGAUAUUUUGGUUUUUGGGGUUUAGUUGUAGCUUUAGGUUUUUCCUGGCUUUGUUCCCUCUUUGACAUGGGGAGGGGCAAGGGAGGGGCAAGUGAGGGGCAAGCGAGGGGCAAGCGAGGGGCAAGGCUGGCAGCUGUUGAAGUCGAUCUGCGCCAAGGCUGGAGACCGUUAGCCCUGCACUCUUCACUUGCAGAGUGAAAAAGUAUGGCUUUGUAACGCAGGUGAUCGCACAUGCAUCAAAAUCAAAACGAUAGGUUUGUAUAUUUAUACAGUGCAGUGUUGUGCAAAAUUUAGAGACCAGCCUAUAUUUUUCAUGGUUUUGUUUAUAUUUUAUGUUCCACAAAUCUGGGUGUUGACCUUAAUCAGUUCUUGCUUGAUUUAUUUAGGAGAAUUAAGAAGUUAAUUAACCUGUGGCUACAGGAAUUUAGUGUCGUAUUUAAGUGGGAAAUUUUCUAUCGGUAUGCACCUUUCAUAUUGUAUUUAUUUAUUUAUUUUCCCUACCACACGGUGUAUUUGGAUUGGGUGAACAUUGCUGUUGAAAAUGCCUAAAGGUGAAAGAAGUAAGGUAGCCAAAGCCUGAUGUAAUUUUGAUUACACAACCCACUUGAAGACCAGGAACACAGACAAACAUGCUUCCACUGCUUUGUGCUCUGAUGCUGCUUUCGUGUUCUGAUUGUUCCUCUCAAGCGUGAACUACUGAGGUCGGCCAGACGCGCUCUGCAGCGCGGCCUGAAGUGGAAACGAAAGGAUGUGUGACGGGAGCUGCGAUCAGACUGCGAUGUGGGCCGAGGUUCAUCGUUCUGCCCGGAUUUAACGUUGCUUUCGUGUCACUCGGCUGGUUCUAACGCUGGGGUUAUCCCCGCUGCGAAAAUCAGGCGGAGUAGCAGUGUGCUUGACACCUUGUCCGCUUCGGUGGAGCAUUUUGGUUAGUCCCGGCAGGCACUCGAGAACAGCCGAAAACAUGAGCGAGAAUCGCAUCGGAAAAAAAAAUCCCAGGUCGGGUUUAAUUUCGGUAGAACUUUUAUGGAGUAUAUAGGGCUAUAUUAAAUAAAUAUUAUUGUUGUAAUUAUUAUUUCUAAUACACUUUUCAGUUGGAUGCUCUCUUUGCUGUGUCCAUCACUGUAUGUACGUGUACACCAUACAAAACCAAGAACCAGUGCCAGAGAGUUUCUGACUCGUAAGUACUUACAAUUAUGCAAGUAUGACACUCCAGUAUUAAAUUGCCAACAAUACUGUUGUGUGACUAUGAUAUUUUAUUAGGAUUUUUUUUUUUCCUUGCCAUCUGUAACAGAAUGACAAGUUUCUUUGCAACGUGAACUUACUACCUUUUUUUUUUUUUUACUAACUUUUUUAUUUACGCGGAAAUUUAGGAUAAGGUUGUCGUAGGUAAACGUUUCCCUAAUUCUUGCACUAUUGAGUGCGGUACAUUGUUCGGUUCUUCAUUUCCCAUCAACCUGCUCGCACGACCCAUUAUCUUUCACUGUGGACAUCAUCACAAAGGUCCCCCGAAUCUCUACGAGAGUUCUGUCCCGCACAUUUCGCUCGCUUCUUUCCGACCACUGUGUGUAUCGGGGCUCUGCUGUCUUUUUGGUAGCUCUUCAACUCUUUCUGAAUGACUUCAGUUGUCACACUUGACAGAUUGACAGAUGUUUACAUUAAGAACACACUCCACUCUCUAAAGUAUAUAAAAUUUUCCCAUGUAGCCAAUUUAAUUCCAUCCUGUGUUUUCGUUUUUUUUUUUCUUUUUUUGUACAAAGCAGGUUGUGCCAUAUUUCAGGGUAAAGUGUCAUCCAUGACCGACUGACUGAACCGAUUGUGGCUAUGCGUGGUUUACGGGACGCUACCCCGUCUGCAGUGGGGUUUGGCGUGUGUGGCACUUUUGCGUGCAGGGUUUCGUGAGGAAGCAUGUGUGUGCAGGGUUCCACGAGGAAGCAUGUGGGUGCGCGAGCGCAUUCCACAAGAUAUGCAAAAACAAUGCAAUAACGUAUAUAUGACUGUAAAUGAGUCUCACAAAAAGAACUAGCUGUAUGAAAAUGAAUAUAGAAAAAAGUGUCAUAGAUAAUAUAUUCAGAAUUAUUGUUUAUUAAGUUGCAGAUCUUUAAAUUGAAAAAAAC